AUGGCAAUUUAUUCUUCUGAGAACCAAUAUAGUGACCCUAACAACUGGCAAGUAUCGAAAAAAACAGCAUCAUGCUAUAAUGAGAGUCUUACUAGCGGUUCAAGUAACCGCAGUAAGAGGAAGACAAAAAGCAUGAUGUCACCGUAUCUUAAUGGCGAGAAAGUUACCUUGCAUUCUAGAGUCACUGAGAAAAAACUAGUUCAUAGAAAAACAACCGAUUUUGUAUCGUCCUUCCCUUUAGCUGCAGAUAUAUAUAAAGCAAAUUCUGAUGAAUUUAAGCUGACGAAAAGAAAAACUAAAAAGGCAAAAAAAUGCGUGCAUGCCUUUUCAAAUGAUCGCUCUUUAUUGCCUCAAGCAUGCACGGUUAGCGAUAUGAAUGACUCUGAGUAUAAUGAAACAAAGGACUCAAGAAAACCCAAACCGAAAGUGAAAAAGCGACGAAUUAACAAGAAAUUUCCAGAGAAAAAGAUAGCUAUUUUCGACCGGGACGCUCGAUAUUGCUCGCAACUGAAUAUCAAUUUAGACAGUAGUUCAACUGACAUGUUUAAGCAUUUAACUGGAGAUAGCGGAAAAGUGGGAAAGAAACCGAAAAAUGCUUACGGCAGAAACCAACUUGUUGAUAACGAUGUAUGGGCGGUACUGAGAAAUAUAAAUAAAAUGCAUUUUGUACCAUCACCCCCAAUGUCCGUUGAUAGCGUAGAAUCUAUAAAAAAGCAAGUACAUGCCCGAAGACGGCCCAGCGAUCGUACAGAUACCAGCUACGUCGAGACUUGUCGCACAGAAGAAUUUGCAUACAUAUCGUACGACAGCACUUCGCUUAAUAGCCAUUCUAGAUCAUCAAGUUUUGAUCGUGUGACUGUAAUAGGCAGACAAGAUGAAGUUAAAAAUACCUGCACUAAUAUAGAUAAAGAUGAUGCAGAACCGUUACACAAUAGCGAUUUAGUACAAAAAACUAGAGUACGUGCUUCCAAACCUCGUUACAAGACAAACACGAAAGAUCAAAAGGAGCGACGUGAGGAAAUAAAACUUCAAACGGAUCAUUCCAUCACCCAUAAAAAGGAGGAGAUUAUUAAAAAUGAAAAUGUAUUGAACCAUAGCACCUGCAAAUUAUUGGCAAUCGAAAACGAAGUAAAGAAUAAUAGCAGGAAAGUGAGUGCCCUUAAUAUCACUGUAAACGCAGGUAUUAAACCGGCAGGUAAUCAAAUAACGAGUAAAACCUCGAUACCGGAUCAGCACGACCAAAUAAAUGGAAUUACAAGAGUCGUAUUAUGUAAAGGCAAAGAUGACAAUGAUUUUAAACUUAACGAUAACAAUUUUAGACAGCAAAUGAGCUUGCGAAAACCGAAAGUUUCCACUACAGUGCCCAGUACAAUUAUCACUAAAUUAACAAAAACCGACAUUAGAAGAAAACUAGCAAGUUUAAAGUAUCCUAUAAUCGUUACUGGUAAAGAUCAAGUGAGCUCUUGUAUGCAUGUUAUAGAUUACGAACCACCUCAAUUCUCUGGCUUAAACAAAUUAAUUUGGCCGUUCAUGGUCGAUUGGCUACCCGAAUCACAAAAACUUGCCAUAAAAGGGCAAAAGAAUACUGCAAUUGGCCAGGAAAAGAACUCUAUACCACGUUCAACUAAUAAUGUUUGUGAUAAUUCUAAGGCACAUAGUAAUGUACUCAAGAAAACGCAGAAAGAUGUUGAGGUGAAAUCGAAAGCAAACAGAAAUAAAAACUCGGGGCUUGAUUUAAAACCUUCAAAGAGUAGGGAAAGGCCUGUCCGUCUUUUUAAAGAUCGUAUGAUGACUCUGGUUUAUAAUAAGAAAAAUUCAAAUUUACCAAAUGCGCAGAAGUGUAAAAAUAAUAAUCACAUCCCGGGAAAACAUAUGAGUAUAGAAACGCAGACUCAAGAGAAACCGAUAAUAAGGAAAGAAAAGCAGUUUUCGUUACUAAUACCCACAAGUCCAUUAAGUGAUAUUUCAAACACGAAAGUAAAAAGCCAUUGGGCGAAAGCGAAAUGGGCUAGUGAUUUUAUUGAAAACGUUAUAAGAAAGGUUAAAACAGGAGUAUACUAUGGACACGAAACUCAUAGGAUUCUAAAAGAUAGUGAAACCAAAUCGACCCAAACUGAUAUCAAAGAAAAUGAUUUUAAUGACGCAAAAACUGUUAAUGAAGACGAUAAGUUGAUUGCUAUUUUAAAUGGUGUAGCUUUACCUGGUUUUGAAGAUAAUAUUCAAAAUUUAGAGUUAACAACUAUCACAAAAAACCAAAUCACAGUUAAACACUGUAAAACGAAUGUUACCGUACAAUUCGACAUAGCUUUUCCAUUUGAAGCUAAAACCACUGUGCCAAAGAAGGAAUCCUUGCACAUUUUGCCAAUCGCUGUGAAUGAAAGUAGAAUUUAUAAAUACAAAGCAACAAUAACAAACGCCGCAUUACCCGCCGAAAUAUGCAGCAUCUUUCCGAAAAUGUUAAGCUCGAUUUUUGACUCGAAUACGAUUUCUACAUUAUCCGAACCGAUUGUUGAUUCAGAUGACUGUAACGGUUUAUCCCCCAUAAAGGAAUUAACUCAAGCGGAAUCAUCUGUUGGCCUGAAUACAUUGUGUCUUCUACAAAUAGCACAAGCUAACACGGAGAUAUUACAGAACGGAAAUUUUUCAGCGUCUUCUCAAUCAAAUCGAAAUUCUAAUCAGCAGUUCCAUAAGAUAAAUUUGGCUGGAUGCUCUAAACUACUUAAGCUAUUGCCUAAAAUUAAUAAGGAUAUCCUAUUUGAUCAUACAAAAUAUUACUUUCAUAAAUCACCAAUUUUAAACUUUCAUGUGCCAAUAGCAGCAAACGACAUCCCGACCCGACCCGAAAAUUUUGAUACCAAGAAAGAAAAUACAUGCACAGCUAUUGUUCCCUAUAUUCCUAAGCAAUACGAGAUAAAAGAUUUUAUGAUUCCAAGAAAAGAAAUCAAGGAGCCUAUUUGCUUGAAAUAUUUUCUUAAUUUCUGUUUCUCAUACGUGAACUGUUGGAAUCUGAAAAACUUUGGGGAUAAAACUGUGGUGUCGUUAAAUAAUACAAAUAAAGACAUCAGUUUUGUUAUACAUAAAUUAAAAGUGGAUUUAUUGUAUACACCAUCAGACAGUUCGACUAAACCGAAUGACAAUUCUUUAUUUGAACUGAAACAUUGUUUGAAAGGCAAUAUAAAAAGACCUCACCAUAGAAUAGCAAUAAAAAAUGUAUCCAAAAAGAGUGAUGGCAAAUUUUGUAGAAAAUGCAAAUCAACAUCUAGUAUAUCACACUAUAAGAAGAGUACGCCUUUGCAAAAAAUUGCGAAUUUAGAUGAAUUUUUUCAAGCAUUAGGUUCUGCGAAAUGCUUAGCGGGAGUUAUUGACGGUGACAUCGAGAGGAAAAUACUAUUGUUCAUUGUAGAGAUGAAAUGUUGGAUAACCGAACUGACUCCUAGCCAAGCGCUACUGAUCCUCUUGUUUGCUAACAAGAAAGAAAGUUCGAAUCUCAUUCGUUUUCGUCAUGUUCUUCUUCAAGGCAUUGCUAAGAACAGAAUAACGAAAGCGUCCGAAUUAGAUAUGGAAAUUGAAGUUAUAGAACGAGAGAAGUUGAACAAUUCAGUGCAUUUCGAAGGAAUAUCAUACCUACCUGCCUCUCAGGAAAAUCAAGAUAACUUGCUGGAGGAACUAUAUUGGAUAGCCAAAACUACCGCUUCGGAUUAUCAAAAGCCUUUCGAUAAAACCUCGGAGCGUUUACUUAAAUCAUUACUGAGCAAACGCAAGAGAUUAAACCCAUCAUAUCUACGAGUAAUGGCGCGAUACGUCGGACUAGGCCUACUAAAUUCAAAAUAG